AACCGGAAUUAGAUUUUAAAUGUCAAAAAAUAUGACGUCUUUCGACAAAUAUACAACUCUAUAUUUGCGCGCGACGAACGCGCUACCAUCAAACAACUACCGAAAAGCCAAUACUUCACAGCCAGUUUCCUAUUUCAUUAGCCGCAUAAAUAACUUUGUACAAAUAUCGAUUGAGAUGCGCGCGCAUGUUCUACGUUCUUUACUCAUAAGUUGUUCACGCGUCCGACCGAUCGGUUGUAUAGCGAAAAGUGCCAAAAACGGCUUUCAUUCAAAAAAAGUAAUCACCGAUUUCGAACGUACCCCUUCUAUCGCUGGGCCGUUGCCCAGUGCGAAUUUAAAAAGUUAAAAAAAGAAAGAUGUACGCGCUGCCGUAAUUUUUUUACGCUCGAUUUCUCGCGCGAUUUAGAAGUAAAAAAGGGGGAUACAAGGAAUUUUUUGUACAAAAAGUCGAAUAAAACUACUACAACGGCUACCUUAAGGAUUUUUAUUAAGCAUCAAAUGCAUCCGGCGUUCGCUGUUAAUGCUAAGCAACUUAAGCUAGGAUCGACGGAGUCGGAGGAUCACUUUAAGUGUGACGUGCCUAUUUCAUUACCUGCGCCGCCUGACAUCGCGCCAUGUCUUUGCCGAGAGAGUUCAUCUUUAACCAGGAGCUGUCCAAGCUGGACCCUCACAUCCUGGGCACCUCGGCGCCCCCGACGACCGUCGCUCCUCUCUCCUGCUCCAUCGACCUGCCCACUGAUGCCAUCGAGGCAACCCUGUCCCCGGAUAAGUCAGGAUCGCUGCUGUCGGUACAAUCGGCCCCGCCAGAGCAGAGGGAGCGGCCCCACAGUCUCAUGCUCGAGCUGCCGUUAGCCACUCAAGUGGGCGCGUACCUAUCCGCGAUGUCCCCCACCGAGCAGGAGGAGGACUCCCUGCUGACGUUGUCGUCGGUCACGGCGCGGCCGCUGCUCGCCGCGUCCAAGAAGCUGCGCUCCGAUACCACUAGCGAGUCCACGUCUCCCCCGGACGGUGGUUAUGGCUGGGUGGUGGUGUUCGGCGCUUUCAUGGUGCAGUUCUGGGUGGCGGGGCUCUUCAAGUCCUACGGCGUGCUGUACGUGGAGAUCAUGGAGACCUUUCCGGACAGCUCCGAGUCCGUGGCCUCCUGGAUACCGGCGGCCCUGUCCACCUUAUGUCUCGCUCUAGCUCCGUUGUCAUCAGCUCUCUGCGAGAAGUACUCCUGCCGUCUGGUGGUCUUUAUCGGGGGUCUGUUCUGUGGGACCGGCCUAGCGCUUUCCUACUUCAGCACCGGCUUGCUGCACCUGCUGUUCAGCUUCGGGGUCCUGACUGGAAUCGGCGGUGGUCUCUCCACUACGCCGGGGAUCGUCAUCGUUUCACAAUAUUUCGACAAGCACAGAGCGCUAGCCAACGGUAUAUGCGUGAGUGGGACGGCAGCCGGCAGCUUCGUGUUUCCUAUGCUUAUACAGAAGCUAGUUGGCAUGUAUGGACUGCAUGGAACUGUGUUGCUUUUAGGCGGUGGAAUGCUUCAUGUCUGUGUGUCGGCGACGCUAUACCGCGAUCCUCCCUGCGUGAGAGAACGAGCCACCCCCACCACAACCACUACGGAAAACACUACGCUACUCACCGACAUACAGGAAGGUAAAACAGAACCCAAGGACAAUCGCCUCCAAGCCCUGUUCCAGCCCGACGCGGAGAACCACAAAAACGCGCUGCUCACUGAGGAGGCGAAACGAAACGAUUUUCUGGCAGAAAUUAUGCAUCCCAGGCUUAUUGAGGUGACCCGUCAAAACAAUCUGCAAAUGUCCGAUUCUGAAGAUUCUGAAGGAAUGGAUGUGUUGGGCGUUGUCGGUCUCCCGCGGGAAGUGGCGCGUCUCCGGCUACGACCCACUCGCUCAUCCUCCAUCCUGCACUCCGUCGAGGACCUCUCCACAGACAGCACCUGCGUCUACAAGCGACGCAAGCUUAGCAGAUCCCUAUACAUCAAACCCCCGCUGCCCCGCCUGAUCCCUAAGCUCCCGGAACCCAUCAUCAUCAAGUCAGACCCUGAGGAUCAGAAGGUGGUCGUCAAGAAGAAGACUUGUGUUGAGAAGAUCUCCAGAUACUUGGACGUGUCUCUGCUGAAGUCCUGCCGCUUCGGCCUCCUGUGCGCUUCGGUAGCUCUCAUGUCAUGCGGGUCGCCCUACGCACUGUACUACUUGCCCGCCUACACCGUGUCCGCUGGACACAGCAAGUCCGCUGCUGGUCGACUGGUGGCGAUCAGUGCGGUUCUGGACCUCUGCGGGCGGUUAGGAUUGGGUUGGCUCUGUGACUUGCAGCUUUUCUGCCGAAGAAAGGCCUACAUCCUCAGCAUCCUGAUCGCUGGAAUCUCAGUUCUAACGCUGCCGAGUCUAACUUCGUGGUGGGCUCUGGCCGUUGCAUCAGGCGCAUACGGCCUCUGCCUCGGCUGCUGGUUCCUGCUCGUGCCCGUGUUGCUAGCCGACACGUUCGGCACGGCACGCAUCGCCUCCUCCUACGGGCUUGUCAGAAUGUUCCAGAGUUUAGCUGCGCUCUCUGUACCACCUACUGCAGGUCUAAUUCGCGACGUAACCGGCGGCUACUCGUGGUGCUUCUACGGCAUGGGUUCGUGCAUGGUCCUGGGUUCAAUCCCCGUCGUGGCCUUCCAUAUGUGCACCAAGAACGAGGACGCGGAGUCGGGAGUAGAUUGAACAUGGUAAUACGAAUAGCUGUGUUCGCUCCCAUGGACUUCGGUAGUGGAAUCUAUAGUAUCUAUAUACCCUGUAUCCAAAUAUUACUCGGAUUACUCCCGUUCUGUAUUACUAACUUUCGAAGAAGCGUUUUAGCUUUCAAUGUGGAGUUUGUUUCAAAAUGGCCCUUCGGUUUUUGGAUAUUCUAUGUGUGUUUUAAGGUCAAAAAUGGUCUUGAAUAUGUUUUUUUUUCAUUGAUUCAGUAUUUUAUAAGUGUGAUUUAGUUUGUCAAACUACUUAGUUAAUAUUAUGUGUCAUAUCUUCUUAGAUAUUUUUACAUAAGUUUUAUUAUCUUUAAUUUUUUGUCUACAAUAAUCGUAAAAGUAUUUAAUUUUAUUUUGUCAAACUUUUCUUCAAAGAUAACACUCAGUGAUAUUUACCAGAGAUCAUCAAUUCAUCAUCACGCAAGUCCAAUAAAUUAGAGCUAUUAUUUGUUUGACCGAUGGACAAUAUUUACCUAAUCAUCAAAUACCUAUUAAGGCCAGAUACAUUAAUCUCGUUUUACCGCAUAAGUGCAUCGCAUAGGUUUGCUGUUUCCCACAGUCCUGUGAAUGCAACAUAACAGUCAUGUUCGUUUAAUUUCACUUUCAAUUUGCAUCAUGAGGGGUCGACCUAAUAAAAUGCGACUACGCGAAAUUUGCAAGUUCGCGCAAAUUUUACUCGUAAACAUAUUGAACUCGAAUAGAUAGGUGUCUUUAUUGAUAAAAAUCGCGCGACUCGCGCGAACUUGGGAUAAUAACGUAGUCGCGUUGUAUUAGGAAACCUGUGUAAGUUGCGGAAACUUUCGAAAAAAUUUCAUAGGAAGUUAAGGAAACUUUCCUUAUGGAAACGGAAAAUAUCGAUCCCCAUACAAAAAUAUGGGAACUUUUUGAAAUGUUUCCAUUUGGAAAUUUCGCAAUUUUGUAAACUUUCCGAUGGCACUUCAGUAAUACAUACGCAACUGUAAAUGAAUCAUCAUCAUAUCGCAUAUCCAUUUACGAUGGCAUUAAAUUAGUAAUUAGCAACUUCCAGCACAAAUGUGGGCGACAAAAUGUUUUAAUAUGAAUUUGUUAAUAUAAUUAUGUCACACAUGCAAUCGCUAACUGUCUACAAGUUCUAAUAAAGUAAGGACGCUUACCACGAGGAAUUUCGUACGUAUUUCUAUCGCCCAUGAUGUCGGUGGUCAAGUAUAGUAAGUGUGUAGGAACAGGCGGGUCGAUGUACGAAAUUCGUCGUGCCCAGCGUCCUUACUUUAGUUGCUGUAACACUGAAAUGUAACCCCGCAUUUACACACUCGCGCUCGCUAUUUGCCUUUUCGCCUCACCAUUUGCACGAGCGUGUAACGCGGUAUUACAAGUCGGUAUUAACAUGAUUAAAAAAAAUCUGAGUGGACCUAGUAGUCCUAUAAUUUUAUUUUGACGGGUGUUCUUUGUUUACAACUCUUUGUGAUCACUCAAACCUUCGAGCAACACCGGCUUCCGACACGUCAGAAGGGAGGAGAUUAAGCGAUAUCUUACCGUACAAAUCGUUUUGCCAUUUUUUGCGGGGGGAAACGUGCACACAGUCGCACUUAUCACUCGCUACAUACAAAAUCCAAUCUGUAAUGACGAAACAAAUACAUAGAAAAUGACACACGUCAAAGACAAAUUUUGCACACCUCGAUUUCUUU